AUGGCACUGGAAGACAGCAAGUCAAUGCUGUAUCAGCAGUACGAGAUGGCCAGGGCACAACUGGCGGAAGAAAAUUUAAAGAUCCAGCAGGACGCUUACGCUCAGACGGUGGGAUCCCACGAUCGCAUUAAUCAAAAGCAGCAUCACAUUAACACGUUGGAAGCGCAGAAAAACCAGCUCUUUGAGGAGAAGAUUCCAGAUGCAAGCCCAUAUCAACCAGAUGCAGGCGCGGUGUGUCCAGAGGGAAGAAAAACAGACGGGACUGCCAGUGCAGCCGGCUUCGACAGAGGAUGA